CUUGUCUGUAAGUAGUGAUUGGUGAUUCUACAUAUAAUUACCGGAAACUAUUGAUGUUAACAUCAAAUAUACUAAAUGCUCAUUAAUUAUUUUUUAGUAUUUACACUUAUGGGCGUGGAUCCGGAUCGGUACAUGGAACCAAUGGGAAUAUGUGUUCGCUUUCCACAUGAUUGGAAAAAAAAAUGUCAUGAAAGCAAGAAUAUAAUAGCCUGCGUGUAUUCAGGGUAAAGAAUUCGUCUUCGUGGAAGUUGUUUAAGGAAGAGUCCGUUAGGUCGCAGUCCAGUGACCACCGCGGCAGUGAUGGAGUCACGCCGCGUGUGAAGUCACCGUCCCGAGGCGUAGGAAGUGCUGCCGUGCCGUGAGCAGACACAAACAGUUCUCUGGUGUUGAACAAGAGAACUGCAGCAUUUCAGUGUAGUUUAAUAAUCAUCUUGUGCAGCUUGCUGUUGUACGACUUCUCCAAUUUCUGUGAAUAUUUAUUUUGCUUGACAGCAUUGUGUCUCUGAGGGAAAGCUGAAGAGGUCAUUAUAUACCUUCCUGAAGUGACGACAGUUACAACAGUGUGCUAAGGGAUCCCCAAGGUGACCGAAGCGUCAGAUCCCGAAGGUGGUGCUCAGCGGCACACGUUAGGCACUGUGAUUGUGGCCGAUGGCUGCCGUAUUGGUGGUAAGCUGCCUUAUAGGCGUGGCGUCUGGCGGCCACGCCCAACACGCCUCUUGGACUCAGCUUGAAGAGCUCUGGCAUGCGGAAUAUAAAGCUGUAGAGCACAUAAAAGCAGUCAUGCAACCUGUUGCUGAACUUGGCGACGUGUUAAAGACGUAUGUUGAAUCGUGGGAGGCGCUUGUUGAUGGGUUGGAGCCGCAUGACUGGGGAUCCGAGGAUCCGGCUGCUGGAUUCUCUCUUUUACGCCACGUGGCCGAGGGUUGGACGCGGGUAGACGACGCCCUGCAGAGGAUCAAAAGCAUCUUGCAUAACAUAGAAUUCCUGGCAUCGCGGCCCGACAGGGAGCCGCUUCCCAACACUGAUGACGUGGCAGCAGCAUCAGAGGCCGUGGCCCGCCUGGCCCACGUGUACCGGCUCAACACCACUGCUCUGGGUGAAGGCGGCCUUCUCGUGCUGGACCCUAUGGCAGGCUAUCACCAUCCUCUCUCAGCAAAUGAGCUGAUGUCCAUCGGUUUAGUGGCCGUGAAGAAAGGUUUCUUGGACGUGGGUGUACAGUUCCUGAGGGCAGCGAAGUCACGAGCCUCUAUCGUCCAGCUGCCCCGUCUGGAAAACAUGCUGACUGCUGCUGUUAAAGUGCAUGACCACGUGCUGGAAGUGAAUGGUCCUCGCUCCCUCGUCCACGUCACGGCCACUGCACCUUACGGGAGUCUGGGGGAGACGAGCCAUACCGAAGGAGUGAAGGCAUCCGUGGUGCUUGGCGUAGACUACUUGAAGAGACACACCAAUGCCACCUGGAUGCUGGAGAGGCGGCCGCUGGUGGAGCAGGUGCAAGUGGAACGACUGUGUAGGGGUGAGGACCUCAGGCCUCCUCAUGUGACGUCGCGGCUGAGGUGUCGAUACGCAACUGGCGGAAGUCCGUGGCUGGCACUGGCCCCCUUCAAGGUGGAGCAGGUGUCCCUUGACCCGUACAUCACUGUGGUGUAUGAACUAGUGAGUCGAGGUGAAGCAGACCAGCUCAAAAAGAGAGUCAAGAGUCACUUACACAUUCCCUACACCCCUUCUGGUAGCGACUCCCUCACCCCCGCCGUCGAGGGAAGCUGGUCACUGAAACACACUUGGCUGCAGGAGGCUGAGACGGCUGUUUUGAUGGACGUUGGGCGGCGUAUGAGACACCUUCUUGGAGUCACCCUCGACAAUACAGCCUCAGAGCCUUACAUGGUGGCAGACUACGGACUAGGGGGUGAGUACAGCGCUCACCGUGACACCCACGGCCCCACCAGGACACCCCCACACACUCAUAUCGGCGAGAGGUUGGCCACAGUCCUCACUUACCUGCAAGCGCCCACCCAAGGUGGACGCACGGUGUUUCCGUGGGUGGGUGCUGGAGUUGGUGGGACGGCAGGAGCCGCGAUGGUGUGGUGGAACCUUCUGUCCUCCCACGAACACGACUUCCUCACCCGCCACGCCGCUUGUCCCGUCAUGCGCGGCCGCAAGACAGUGGUGACGAAGUGGGUGGGUUAUGUGCCCCAGUGGAGAAAGAUGUCCUGCUCCGCUGAUCCCUCGAGGAAGGUGAUGUUGCCCUGGCACUGAAGACUCAUGCUGGGUCAAGGUCAAUCUUCCGAGGUGAGCAGCAAAGUUGUUCAAAUGUAGCUCCAGCAUUUACUUUUAUUUGUUUUCAUACCUAAAUGUUCUGUAAGCUGUUGACUAAAGCAAUUCUUUAUUACAUAUGUGAGGAGGAGAGGACUGACCAAAGAUUUUAUAUACUUGAAAUUAUAUUCAAAUUGUGAUAUAUGGUGGGUGAGGUUGAUCUACUAUGUGUGUGUGUAUGGGGGGGGGGAGGACGUGAAUUUGGUGUCACUUGCUAUAAAAACUUUUGUGUACAUAGUGUUGAUAUUGAUGCACUUGAUAAUGAUACGCAGUGAAUGUAGAUUUCUCGAGCAAUGUACUGUGUUCGUUAAUAUUACGACGUUUUCUUGUUGAAGUAUAAGGUAAUAGAAGUAAGUUGAACAGAGUAAUGAAACCAAACCUUGA